UACGCAUCGCACAUCAGAUGCUACGGUUCACAUGACGGGACAUGGCUUAUCCACACAGAGCGUCUCAGGCCGACAUCUAACCGCACUCACUGCUCCUUUCCACCACCGAAACCUGCUGUAAAGAUACGAAACGACCCUAAAAAUCAAUUUCCAGGCAGCAGAGGAAGCAACAACAGGAAGAAGGAUAACAGCGAAGCUCCAGUUUUUUUUUUUUAGCUUAAGAAGCUAAAAACUUCAAGGAUGACAGUCUCUCGUGGUCUGUUCGCUGUCGUCGCCGCCUGGUUUGCGGUUUUAGGUUGCAUUGAGGCCGUCUCCCUUGAAGUGAGGCAGGGGAACUCCACCUGCAUUAAGGCCGAUCUGUCUGCAUCCUUUUCCAUCCCCUACAACACCUCCAGCGGCAGAAGGACGGCGCAGAUCUCUCUGCCCAACUCCACCACCGUCGACGCAGGAAGCAGCACCUGCGGCGGAGGCGGCCUGUCGCCGUGGCUGGUGGCGGUGUUCGGAUCCGGCCACUCGCUCGGCCUGAGCUUUUCAACCAACGGGAGUCUGUACAGUGUCGCUAACCUGACUCUGCAGUACAACCUCAGUGACGCCGCACUUUUCCCUGACGCCAACAGCUCCGAUGUGGUGACCGUGGUGUCGGCUUCAGUCGGGAUCAGGGCAGCAGUCAACACCACCUACCGCUGCAUGAGUCCCACCACGGUCGCAGUGGAGGACGCAAACGUCACCUUCACCGACAUGAGGAUGGAGGCGUACAUGCCAGGAAACGACCUGAGUCCUACAGAGAGCGUGUGCGCGGCGGAUCAGACCAGUACAACAGCUCCACCCUCCACCACAACCGCCACAACCGCAGCCCCCCCACAGCCGACCCCCCCGGGGACACCUGAGCGGGGCAACUACACCGUGGACAACAACGGCUCCUUGUGUCUCCUGGCCCAGAUGGGACUUCAGCUCAACGUCUCCUACUUCUCCCAGUCUCAGAAUAAGACCAUCCAGGAGUUAUUAAACCUGAACCCCAGCCUGACGAACUCAUCGGGAUCAUGUGAAGCCAGCAGAGCUACUUUAGUUUUGACCCAGGAGCGAAUGAUCGCGCUCACCUUCACCUUCACCAUGAACUCCAACACCAGCAAGUACCACCUGAGCGGGAUCGAUCUGCAAGCGAAUUUAUCCGAUCCGUUCACAGCCGGUAACGACAGCCUGAACUACCUGCAGAGCACGUUGGGCCGCUCGUACAUGUGCAACGCCGAGCAAACCCUGCAGGUGGCGCCGGCCUUUUCCCUCAACACGUUCAGGCUGCAUGUCCAGCCCUUCGACGUCAAAACCAACCAGUUCGCCACAGCUGAGGAGUGUCAGAUGGACCGAGACCAGAUGCUGAUCCCCAUCAUCGUCGGGGCGGCGCUCGCCGGCCUGGUGCUGAUCGUGCUCAUCGCGUAUCUAAUAGGCAGGAAGAGGAGCCACGCUGGAUACCAGACCAUCUGAAACCGACCGGACCCCUCUUCACCUGAACUCGGACCCGACCGGGGGGGAGGAACGACGGUGAACCGGAGCCUGCGGAUGAGAAAAGACUGUGAACAUGAAGGCGUGAAUGAAUGUGAGCAGUCGUUUUGCCAGGUCCUUCACCUCUGGAUGUUUUUAUUUUUUAUUUUUUUUUGUCUGGGUGAUGUUGAGAAGCUAAUUUACCUGCUGGCUUUAGAUGGCGCGCACCUCGGUGAAGCCUAAAAGGACUUUAAAAUGAAAAGCUGGAGGGAGUUUGAAUUCACCGCAGACGCAGUUUGGCUCGGAUUUUUUUUUCUUGAAUGGCUUUUUGUUGUUUUUAGCUGUGUCAUUAUUUAUAAAGAUCCAUGCGGUUAAAGAGGUGAAAUGAACUGAAAGACACGUUUUAGUCCCACAAAUUAAAUGUUUAAAGAUAACGGUCUCAUACCUGCACAUGAUUACAGGUGUUUUGUAAACUUUAUGAGCAUUAAUAACACCAGGCAGCGAUGCUUAAGAAAGGGAAAGAUCUUAAUAUGUCUUCUCUAAUAAUAUUCACUCUCAGUACAGAAUAAUGGAAACGUGUCCAGUGUGUUGACCUGUGUUAAUAGUGUGUAGUGGUGAGGACGUAUACACACGGGUUCAUUUUCCAUCAUUGCUUUUUCCUUUAGCCUCUCGACAAUAACAAAAUGUUAAUAUGAAUUUUAGUCAUUUGAUCUUGUAUUUUUUUAUAGAAAAUGGUUUGAUCUCAUUUUCUAUUAUGAAUCUUACUGCAAGUUAAUAAAAACAGUUUAAA